CUCGAGCGGUCAUGUCCUUACCCACUCGCGGACGCGUCAUAAUUGAAACAACAGCUGGAGAAAUCGAUAUUGAGCUAUGGUCCAAGGAAACACCCAAAACAUGUCGGAACUUCCUGGCACUGGCUAUGGAAGGCUACUAUGAUGGUGUUAUAUUCCACAGAAUCGUCCCGGACUUCCUGGUGCAGACGGGCGACAGGACGGGGACGGGUGGUGGAGGAGAAUCGUUCUACGGAGAGCCCUUCGAGGAUGAGAUCCACCCGCGUCUUCGCUUCGCGCACCGUGGGCUAGUGGCUAUGGCGAACAACGGUGCCAAGAACUCGAACGACUCCCAAUUCUUCAUCACGCUGGACCGUGCGGACGAGCUGCAUGGCAAGCACACCCUGUUUGGGCGCGUCAUCGGAGACACCAUUUACAAUGUACUCAAGAUCGGAGAGAUGGAGAUUGACGCCAACGAACGGCCGCUCUACCCGCCCAAGAUCAAGCGGAUACGCAUUAUCGAAAAUCCCUUCGAAGAUAUCGUGCCGCGUAUAACCGCAGAGGAAAAGCGUGCUCAGCAGCGCGCACGCGAACAGGCUCAACGCGAGCGCGAGAACGAGCAGCGUCUGCGAGGGGCGAAGAAGGAUGUGAAGCUGUUGAGCUUCGGUGGCGACGAGGACGCGGAAGAAGAACCGGUGGUGUUCAAGAAGAAACCUAUCGUGCGCCCAGACCUCAUAGACAACCCUGAGCUGCCUGCGUCACUUUCGGGGCCCAUUCCAGAGCCGCCGGCGCCGAAAGCGAAGCCCCCAAAACGCGACCGCACAGAAGAGCCAGAAAGCCGGCCCACCGAAAAGAAAGCUAAAAAGGACGAAACGGAGAUCACAAAGAUCCGCGAAAAGCACGAGCGCGAGAAGGCGGCGCAGAGUAACUCGCGCCAGUCCCAGAUCGAGAAGAUGGAGGCGGAUAUCCGGAAGCUCUCGCGGCGUGGCGCGGACAGCGACGACGAGCUCACAAAAAAGAAGCCGAAGAAGUCGCUACUCGAAGAGGAGAUGGCCAAGUACGCUAAAGGGCGUGGCGCACACAAGAAGGGCAAGGGCAAAAAAGACGAGGGCGACGUGCUCGCCGCGCUCAGCAGCUUCCGCAGCAAGCUCAAGGGCACCGCGCGUGAGGAGUCGCCGCCCCCCGCCGAGCUGCCGGAUGGCGCAGAGGAGGGGGAGGAGAAGCCGGCGGGUGAGGACGAGGGCAUGGAGGUUGACGACGAUACCGGCUUCUUGGGGCACAAACUGAGUUUCCCGAAGGGGAACGAAGAGGAGGUUGCGAAGGCGGAGCGGGAUUACGAGGUCAUCGAUCCCAGGCAGCGCGGUGCGCGCGCGAAGGAGGAGGAGCGCGAGCGGAAGCGGGUACUGAAGCAGAAGGACAUCACGCAGGGACGGGGGUUCCGACGGUAGUCUGCAGAUCAUUUGCUCUUUUUGCCUGUGUAUUCCCUAGCUACUUGUACAUUGCUGACUGACUUCGUGCACGUCCGCCCCCGCGCUAGAUGUACAGAUGCGAGUUCCUCACUCGCUCAUCCAGUUCCUCCCAAAGCCUCUGAAGCGGCCGCUCCGUGCCCUGCGCGUGCGGCUGGAUGCGCAUCCACAGCUCGUCCGUGACCGCGCCCUGCUCCUGAUCCGCAUCGACGGCGAACCAGCGCGAGCCGUCGCCCAUCUCGACGCCGAUGCGCUCGAACACGUGCUGGACGCGCUCCUGCAUGUCCGCGCUCUCGUAGCGCUCGGCCCCGAACCCGCCGCGCUCGCGGGCCUUCUCGGGCGAGACGUCGAGGAAGAGCGUGAGGUCGGGCGCGGGGAGGCCGAUGUCGGGGGCGCGGCACCACUCGUAGGACAUGCCGGGCUUGUUCUUCGCCGCGGAGAAGGCGAUGCCCGAGAAGGCGUAGCGGUCGCAGAUCACGGUGGUGCCCGCGUUGAGUGAGUCGAUGAUGGAUGGUGCGAGCUCCCAGCGGUUGGCGGAGAAGAGGAGAUGGAUGGCGUGGUCGUCCAUCUCGGACUGGGAGCGGAGAUACGCGUCGAUCAUCUUGCCAAUGGGUGUUGUGCGGUCAGGGAAUUUGACGAGUCUUACGGGACGCCCCUCGGCUUUGAAGCGCUGUUCGAGGAGGGCGACCUGGGUGCUCUUGCCCGACCUGUCGAGGCCUUCGAUGAC